GCAGCUCUACAAUGGGAGGAGUCUAAUGUGACGAUCUGUGCGUUUCGUCUAGUCCUGCAGCAAAAAAGCUCGGUGUUUAAAACGAUCCUUAUCAAGCUGCACGUUGAUGGACAUACGUGAAAAAUAAAAAUUAAAUAAAUGUAAUACGCUGGGAAUGGAACGAAACCUGAAGUCUGAUGUUUCGUAGUCCGUUUCGCUUCUUGGAUAAAGACGGUCUUUUCUUUUUUUUGCGACCACUGCCCAGGCUUUAGGAGGCAUGUUAUCGCAAUGAAGGUGGAGCCCCUUUUCCUCGCUAGAGCGUAUGACUUCUUUGCACGGAUCGAGAAAUAAAAUCCUUGAUGCAGGUGGACAUCAAACAGCCUUUUAAAGUUUAACUUUAAACCACCGGGGUCAAUCUUAUGUGAAAUUGUAGUUAUUUUCGAGAAAAUACGUUUUAUGUAGAGAGGGAAUCACAGGGACAAGCUUGCUUGGAAGAAAAAUAUUCCCGAACCGCCAGCUAAAUAUAAAAAGCAUAGGAUCUACACCAAUCGAGCAUCUUACUCCUUACUACAAUCCCUACCUCAGGAAACAUGUCAUCUCAAACUAAAUUCAAGAAGGAUAAGGAGAUAAUUGGGGAGUACGAGACUCAAGUGAAAGAGAUUCGCAAUCAGCUGGUGGAGCAGUUCAAAUGCCUGGAACAGCAGUCCGAGUCCCGCAUUCAGCUGCUGCAGGACCUGCAGGAGUUCUUCCGCCGCAAGGCGGAGAUCCAACUGGAGUACUCCCGCAGCCUGGAGAAGCUGGCCGAGCGCUUCUCCUCCAAGAUCCGCAGCUCUCGGGAGCACCACCAAUUCAAGAAGGACCAGCACCUCCUUUCGCCUGUGAACUGCUGGUAUUUGGUCUUGAACCAGACGAGACGCGAGAGCCGGGAUCAUGCCACACUAAACGACAUCUACAUCAACAAUGUCAUCGUGCGCUUGUCGCAGAUCAGCGAGGACGUCAUCAGGCUCUUCAAGAAGAGCAAGGACAUCGGAAUCCAAAUGCACGAGGAGCUUGUGAAGGUGACCAAUGAGCUCUACACUGUGAUGAAGACCUACCACAUGUACCACACAGAGAGCCUCAGCGCAGAGAGCAAGCUGAAGGAGGCUGAGAAGCAGGAGGAGAAGCAGUUCAGUAAGUCGGGAGACAUCAAUAUCAACCUGCUGCGCCAUGAAGACAGGCCCCAGAGGCGCAGCUCCGUGCGGAAGAUGGAGAAGAUGAAGGAGAAGAGACAAGCCAAGUACUUUGAAAACAAGCUGAAAUGCACCAAGGCACGGAAUGACUAUCUGCUCAACCUGGCUGCGACAAACGCCGUUGUGGCAAAAUAUUACAUCCAUGACGUGUCUGACAUGAUAGAUUGCUGUGACCUAGGCUACCAAGCCAGUCUGGCCCGCGCCUUCAGGACAUACCUGUCGGCAGAGUAUAACUUGGAAACCUCACGACAUGAGGGCCUGGAUAUCAUCGAGAAUGCUGUGGACAACCUGGAUGCUCGCAGUGACAAGCACAAGCUCAUGGACAUCUACAACCAGAUCUUCUGCCCGCCCAUGCGCUUUGAGUACCUGCCCCACAUGGGUGAUGAGGUGUGCCAGGUCAGUGCCCAGCAGCCCGUGCAGACUGAGCUGCUGAUGCGGUACCACCAGCUGCAGUCCCGUCUCACCACGCUGAAGAUUGAGAAUGAGGAGGUGAGGAAGACGCUGGAUGCCACCAUGCAAACGCUGCAGGACAUGCUGACGGUGGAAGACUUCGAUGUGUCUGACGCGUUCCAGCACAGCCGCUCCACCGAGUCCAUAAAGUCUGCUGCUUCGGAGACCUACAUGAGCAAGAUGAAUGUCGCAAAGCGCCGAGCCAAUCAGCAGGAGACUGAAAUCUUCUACUUCACGAAAUUCAAGGAAUACCUGAAUGGCAGCAACCUCAUCAUUAAACUGCAGGCGAAACAUGACCUCCUGAAGCAGACACUGGGAGAAGGGGAAAGGGCCGAAUGUGGAACAACCAGGCCCCCCACACUUCCCCCUAAGCCACAGAAAAUGCGGAAGCCUAGACCCCGCUCCGUGUAUAACCAUAAGCUGUUUAAUGGCAAUAUGGAGACCUUCAUCAAGGAUUCGGGUCAGGCUAUUCCUCUUGUGGUGGAGAGCUGUAUUCGCUACAUCAAUCUGUAUGGUUUGCAGCAGCAGGGAAUAUUCAGAGUUCCUGGCUCUCAGGUCGAAGUCAACGAUAUUAAAAAUUCAUUUGAGAGAGGAGAAGAUCCUCUGAUUGAUGACCAGAGUGACCACGACAUCAACUCUGUGGCAGGGGUGCUGAAGCUCUACUUCCGCGGCCUGGAGAACCCCCUCUUCCCCAAGGAGCGCUUCCUGGACCUGAUCUCCACAAUCAAACUUGAAUCGUCUGUUGAGAGGGCCCACCAUAUCCAGCAGAUCAUCGUCACCCUUCCUCGCUCUGUCAUCAUCGUCAUGAGAUACCUGUUUGCCUUCCUUAACCACUUAUCGCAGUACAGCGACGAGAACAUGAUGGACCCCUACAACCUGGCCAUCUGCUUCGGGCCCACGUUGAUGCCCAUCCCUGACGGGCAAGACCCUGUAGCCUGUCAGGCCCACGUCAAUGAAGUCAUCAAGACCAUCAUAAUCCACAACGAGAUCAUCUUCCCCAGCAACCGUGAGCUGGACGGGCCUGUCUAUGAGAAGUGCAUGGCGGGAGGCGAGGAAUACUGUGACAGCCCUCAUAGUGAACAGGGCACCAUUGAUGAGGUGGACAAUGGCACAGAGCCACACACCAGUGAUGAUGAAGUGGAGCAGAUCGAAGCCAUCGCCAAGUUUGACUACACAGGCCGCUCCCCGCGGGAGCUCUCCUUCAAGAAGGGCGCGUCCCUGCUGCUGUACCACCGUGCCUCUGAGGACUGGUGGGAGGGCCGGCACAACGGCGUCGAUGGGCUCAUUCCACACCAGUACAUCGUGGUGCAGGACAUGGACGACGCCUUUUCCGACAGCCUGAGCCAGAAGGCUGACAGCGAGGCCAGCAGCGGGCCGCUCCUGGACGACAAGGCCUCCUCCAAAAACGACAUGCCGUCCCCCUGCGAGGCCUCGCCCGACUACGGCUUCGGGGGGGUCAUGGGAAGAGUGCGCUUACGCUCCGAUGGAGCUGCCAUUCCCCGCCGACGCAGCGGCGCCGACGGCCACAGCCCCCCCCCUCGGGGUGUGGACACCCCCCCGCGGGCUGCCGCCUGCCCCAGCAGCCCCCACAAGAUAGCCAUCAACAGGGGGCGUUUAGAGAGCCCCGAGAAGCGACGACUGGGCACGUUCGGCAGCGUGGGCAGCAUCAACUACCCUGACAGGAAGGUCUACCCAGAGGGCCACCCGCUGAGGCCAGCACCCGGGGCCACGCGUCACAGCAGCCUGGGGGACCACAAGUCUUUGGAGGCGGAGGCCCUCGCCGAGGACAUCGAGAAGACGAUGAACACGGCCCUGCAUGAGCUACGCGAGCUGGAGCGCCAGAACACAGCCAAGCAGGCCCCAGACGUGGUGCUGGACACGCUGGAGCCCAUGAAGAAUCCAGCAGGCUCGGAGCCGGGCAGCCCGCUGCACACUAUCAUGAUCCGCGACCCGGACGCUGCCCUGCGGCGCAGCAGCAGCUCCAACACUGAGAUGCUGAGCACCUUCAAGCCGGCACUCUCAGCCCGGCUGGCUGGGGCCCAGUUGCGGCCGCCGCCCAUGCGGCCCUCCAGACCCGCCCCGGCCCAGCACCGCUCCAGCAGCUCCAGCUCCUCUGGAGUGGGCAGCCCCGCCGUCACCCCCACCGAGAAGAUCUUCCCUAACAACUCCUCAUCAUCCGACAAGUCCGGCACCAUGUAGCCCUGACAACAGACUUCCCUGCGGCUCGAAGGAGAUGUUAGACUUUUGUGCGCUUUAGACUUUUAUUCCAAUCUUUUUCUUUCUAGAAUCUUCUAGACUGUUUACUUUGCAGCCUCGGUGACGGGCCAAAAAUUCAGAGGGAGCGUAAACAUUUUUAUCACUGCACUGCAUCAUGAGCUUAAGGGAAAACAAGAAACAUGCCGUAGCCACAGAAAUGUAUUUGAAUUUUUAUUUCCAAUUUUUACCUCAGAAAAAACGAACAUUGAAAAACUUUAGAGUUAAAUUUAAAUUGAACAUCUCUUCCUGCUUGCCCAGCUUCUCUUUCAGAGACUGCAGAAGAUGCAGGUACGAGAGGGGCCUGGCAUUUCUGUCCUGCACUGGUCAUCCUGACAUUUGACAACUGAGUUCUUGCCUUCAAAGGGCUGGUCAGAUUUUGAGAGAAUACCUGGUAUAUCCUGUGUCUCCCAGACUGGAUCUAAUGUCUUCAUCAGAAUUUCUCUCAAAGGUUGUGAUCUCCUCGACCAACAGCCUGUGGGUUGUAUAUAAGUACUUACUUGAAGUGGUAUUCCUUUUGUUUGUAGUUCAAGGGAUACUCAUCAAAAUAACAACAUAGAGAACUUGUACACGUAUAUGAGAUGCAGAAACCUAAAACCAAUAUUCUACCUAAUCGUAACAUACCUGUGUAUGACAUGUAGUUUAAUCUGUAUAUUAACUUGAGUAGACAUUUUUUUGUAUGUGUGAUAUUGUACAGUUUGAGAUGGAACAGGCAAGACGAUGGCAGAAGAGAAUGGCGUCUAUUUCUAAACAAAGGACACACAAAGGAAACGAAAAUCUGUGUGCAAAAAGGGUGCACAUUCAAUUUAGUUUUUUUUUCUUGUUUGUUACAAACAAAAUUUCACUGAGAUGUUGAUGACAGUGUGUAUUUGCAGUGAAAUCGCACUCCAAAUCAUUAACAUAUUUAUGAUUCAACAUAGUGCUAAUGCCACAUUUCAUUUAAAGAAGUUUACAAAUAUGAUGUUUACAUUGUUUUACAUUCAUGCACAUUCCAUUCUUUAUUGCAUUCCAUAUCUGUUCAUAUUUUGUGGAUUAUCACAGGGCUUAAUCAUCUCUGUUUGAGAAUGGCUUUGUGAUCCAGUAAUGACAGUACUUUGACAGUGAUUUUACAGGUCUUGGGAACGUGGGGUAAGGAUCUAUUGAGGAGGUACCAUUGCAAAUUCAAAGGAUCUUUCAGAAGCCAGACAAUUAUUACAUUACCUAUUCUAUAACUUUUUCAGCACAUAUUUUCCAGAGAUGCAUCUAUCCAUCCAACUUACAUUUGUCAGGGUUGCAGGGAUGCCUGGAGUUUGACACAGGCAGCAUGUAACUUCAGGCUGGGGUACCAGUAUUUUUCCGCAGAUCAUCUUUCAACUGCAGUUAUGUCCAGUCCACACUUAUUCCUGUCUAAGCAGAUGGGUCUUACAACCCUGCAGCACAGCUAGGUGCCCAUUCCUGGAAAUCCUAACCAAAUCUCAGUGAUCUAACGGAGACUGCUGCUUCUUUUUAAACUCUGUUGCUACAGGGUGCUGGGUACAUUUAGAGUACAUAGCAUUCAUGUCGGGCUCUAGAGACGCAUCUGAUGCUACCCUUAAUGUAUUUCCUUAACAUUUAACAUGUUUGUGUUCAUACCUGGAUAUUUUUAGGUGUGUCUUGCUGUUCCUGAUCUAUCCAGUGUUACUGCAGUGUGGUUGAUUAUUUUUAAAGUCAAACUGCAAACGAACCAUUCAGCACAGAAACAAAAAAUACAGCAUAAAAUAUUGAUGUGUCACAUCCUAGAUGUAACAUUAAUCUUAAUUAUGUUCCAUGACUUCUAGUACCUUCAAAGCAGAUGAGUUCCUGUCUGGUAUGAUCAGUUACCUGAGUCUGAGAUACUUCCAUGUUUUUAGCUGGUUUUUCAAAUGUUCUUUUUAUCUACUGGUCAGUCUGAAAUCUGUGCACAGUGGAAAGUAAGUGUUCAUCCUGCUUUUUAAAGCUAUACUGCAUUAACUUGUUUAACCACUGGGGGUUGCCUGUGUAUCCAAAAGAAAAUUAUAUGGCUGAACAGAAAUCUUUCCCUUGGUUUUGUGAAAAACAUCAGUUGACAAGUAACGUAUCUGCUACAUUUGGUUUUGAAAGUUUGUAGACAGCAAAAUUUUAUAUUCUCUGGACAUCAGCAUUCUAUCCCCUCUACCCCUGCAAUACAUGAGUCUAUUUAAAACUAAACAUAUAGUUUCAUAUUCUCCUUUAUUAAAAUACAUACAAUUCACAAAGUCACAAAACACUUUCCUGGUUCUAAUUGUUAGUUUUGAGUCGUAUGAAAAAUAUGACUGGAUGAUGCUGUGAUGCUCACUGGGAAUGACAUGACAUUUGGAAUGACAAACUGUGAUGCAUAGGCUUGGUAAUUAAAAUGCACUCUCUUUGGUGUAGAUGUUAACCACAUACAUUGAAACACACCAUCAUCAAAAUAGAAACACCUGACAAUAUUUCUUUGAUAUAUACUUUGACGUAUAGACAUAUACUUUGAACGUGUUAAAGUCUUCUAUAGCUCAAUGUCUCAUUUGUACGUUUUGGCUUAAGGUGGAUUUGUAACAUACAGCCAUUUUGGCCCCUCAGUGAAAGCAAAAAGACAUAACACCUUAAAUGAGUUCACUUCAGUCAGAGUUAAUGUCAUAUCUGGACAACCUCUUGCCUGUUCCAGUCUGAUCUAUAAAUUGCUUGCAUUGCUGCAAAAAUUUGCUGGAAAUACUGUCAAGAUUUGUAUUAUUAAUUGAAAUGUGAUGAUGUCCCAGAAUCUGACAGAUUCUUGAUGUCACUUUAAGUGGUUAAAUGUCUCAGUGUAAGGAAUAUCUGGCAGUCCAUCAUUCUUUCUCCUCAGUCCUGCAUCAAAUGUGUUCUAUCCAUGUUGCUGAAGUUCUAUCUCAGAAUGCAUAUCACUUUUGUCCAUUUUGUGAGAUGAUUUGUAAACAGACCUCCAAUCGGCAGGUGUCAAAAGAGUGAAUAGCCCAGCAGUUGCCUUGUUUGGUGCUGUUGCGGGACCCUGUGGCAUUGUGGCGGGCUGGCAUCUUUUGAGGUGACACGAGUCUGCAUGUCUCUGCCCUUGUGUGUGUUGGGGAGGUCAGACGUGGUUAGGCAGUGCUGAGUGUCCGUUCUGUACCUUCUUUCAAAACCCACUUGAUGUGACAGUUUGACAGAGACUGUUUGUCGUGCCUUCUUGUUAACAUGCACAAUGUACGCCUUUGCCUUCAGUUUUGUGGGCUAAGGGAAACAGAAAAUGCCUAUUGAGACCUGGCGUAAACAUUGUAGGUGUAAUUUACGGAUUAUUUUGGCUGGGAAGAGGGUAAGUGACAGGUACAGAGAAUAUAUACCAUGAAGAGCCUCGGGAAGCAAUACUUGUAAUCCUAACAAUAUUUGGUUAUAGUGCAUAUGCUGUUAUAUAGACUGAUCCAAAAAUUAAAUUCAGAGUGUUUGAAGUCUUCACUCCUCCUUUGUAACACUGUAUUUCAGAAUAUUGUUUCAUGGGGUCUCUCCUUUGUAAACUAUAUCUCAGAUUAGCGUUUGAAGGGUUUCCCCUAUGUAACACUGUAUCUCAUUAACAUUUGAAGGGGUUUCUCUUUUGUAACACUAUAUCUCAGAUUAGCCUUUGAAGGAGUUUCUCCUUUGUAAUACUAUCUCGGAUUAACAUUUUAAGGAGGUUCUCCUUUGUAACACUGUAUCUCGGAUUAGUGUUUGAAGGGAUUUUUCCAUUGUAACACUAUAUCUCAGACGAGUGUUUGAAGGGGUUUCUCCUUUGUAACACUGUGUCUCAGACUAGAAUUUGAAGGGGUCUCUCCUUUGUAGAACUAUAUCUCAGAUUAGCAUUUGAAGGGGGUUUCCUGUUUUUCCUUUGUAACACUUAUAUCUCAGAUUAGUUUUUGAAGGUAUUUCUCCUUUGUAACACUCUAUCUCAGAUUAACUUUUGAAGGGGUUUCUCAGGGCAGACUUCAGUGCCAUGUUUUUACUAGAACAUGACCAAUGAAAUGGUCCUGCAGCAAUUCAUCUGGAUGGUAGGAUAACAGUAUUGUGAAUAAUAGAAAGUCAAUGAACUUUAGGAGAUAUUGCCCUAUCUGUGUAAGGAAAAAGUAUGUUUGGGCUUUUCCUGUCCAUUGUAGCUGAGACGAUAGCAUGGAAUGUGACACCAACAAUAUGACCACUGAAGGCAUACGCUACAUAACUGCCUCUCAUUACUCCCAGUAAGUAAGUAAACUUUGCCAGUCAUUCUGACUUGACAAGGACAAUACAAUAGAGGAGAAAUGCCAGCAAUCAGUCAGUGAUAGGUCAGUGCAGUUCCCGUUUACAUUUUAGUGAACAUGGCACAGGAAUCUUGCCAUUCUAUCAUCUGGUAUGCUGAGCCCUAGCUAAGAAAGAGAAGCCUGAGUAGGCAAUAUCAGAACUUGGUAUGCAAUUGCCCACCCUCUGGUGGCCAACUUUAGCAUUGCUCCUCUCAUAAUGAGACAAGUUUUUUAUUCUGUAGGUUACCAUUUCUUGUAAAGCCAUCAAUUAGACAGAUCUGUCACAUUUUCUCCUGAAGGAUAUGCACAAUGAAAAGUCCAUUUGCUUUGAUCAACAGCCUGUCAUUUCAAAUACUAAGCACUUUUUCUACAAGCUACAGUAUAGAAAAUUUAAGCCCAUUUUCUUAUGUUUCAAAAUUCUUAUAAUGCUUAUUUGAAGAUCAUACAUAUAAUAAAAAGCACAGAGUUAAUAAAUUCUAAGCAAAUGGCUUAUUGACAGAUAUCAAAUAUACUGUGUUGACAUUUAAUGUUACUGUAGUAUUUUGAUAAUUUAUUGCCUUUUAGAUUUUUUUCCUACGGGGAAUUUUUACAGUGCCUUUGGCGCACAUCAUCAUUUUUUAACAGACGUGAAAAAUUGCUUUUUUAAACUAUACUGUGUAUGUUUGAUCAUACUUGAUCUUUAGACAUUUUUGUUGUUUCACACUAACCGAAAUCAAAUCCAUAAACUGUCAUCAGAGGGAACCAAAUGAUAUUUAGAUUGUUGAAACGAUAGAGGUAAUGUGAUAUGUAUGACUCUGCAUUUAGGCUAUGAAAAAGUGGAAAAAGAUUAAUGAAACCUGUUACACAUCCACAGCUACUGGAAGAAUUUAUAUCAAUACUAUUGAUCUGGUAUAAUCUACCUGACCUGUAUCAAUUUCCUUAUAUUUAGAUGUGAGGUGAGAAGCAAGACCUUGAGUUUUGAAAAUAAAAAGUCACGGUGGAUGUAUGCUCACUGGCUACAGUAAGCUCAUUUCCAGCACUUUGAGUUCAUUCAAACUUGAGUUUCACAUUUCAUGGCUUGAUUUAUGUUCAUUUAUAUUCUCUGUGGUCAGUUACUCCCUUCACCUAUGAUGUUGGCCAUUUGAUGUAUAAAAAAUUUGAAUUUAAGUGCUCACACUUCCAAUCUAACAAAUCUCAGAGUUUACGCCACCUUUAGCUCUUUUAAAAUAACCACUUCUGUCCAAGGCAACUGUGCAUCAACCUCCCAGCAAACAAUGAAAUGUUGUGAUGUUUGACGUGUAAUAAACUGAGAGCGUGGAAUAAGAAA